AUGCUCACUCCCAACACGCCUCUAUCACCGAUGCCUUCAAUCAAAAUACCAAAGAUUGAUCUGCCUCGGCCGCCGGACCCUCAGCUGGAUCCCGCCGGCUACCUGCGAAGCUUGACGGCUGUGCGAGAGAGAGCCAAGGCCCUCAUGGAGAAGGCACAGGAUAACGAGCUGGUCCACUUCGACGUUGAUAUGAACAAAUUUCCAGAUGUUGUGACGUUUGUCUCUGGACUAAUCAAGCGUGACCACGAAGCUCCUUUCCAGGACAUUCCCAGCCAUGGUCGGUAUCAGCAUUUCUGUGUAGGAGGUCGAGAUCGGGUAGUCGAGCUCUUGAAUAGCUGGCCCGAGAGCGUCGACAACGCAGAGCGAUGCCGCCGACUCAUCGACCUCUUCACCAUCAGCGUACUGCUGGAUGCGGGCGCUGGAACCACCUGGACCUACAAGAGCGUUGAAAAUGGCAAAACCUACAGGCGCUCUGAGGGUAUCGCAGUCGCUUCCUUGGAGAUGUUCAAAUCAGGAAUUUUCUCAGCAAGCCCAACCAACAAGCAUCAGGUUGACAAGCGAGCAUUGGGGGCUCUUAACACAGCCAAACUUGCCUCGGGUAUGCAGGCCGACGCCGACAACGAGCUCAUUGGCUUGGAAGGUCGAACAGAGGUCCUAGUCAAGCUGUCAGAGGCUCUCGACGAGCAUUCCGAGUUCUUUGGGGCUGAUGGCCGUCCUGGUAACAUGAUUGACUACUUGCUCUCACACCCUGCAACCCAAGCAUCAUCAGUUCUCAUUGUCCCCCUGCCAAUUCUGUGGAAUCUCCUGAUGGAUGGUCUCUCCUCCAUCUGGCCUACUCGAACAGCAAUCAACGGCGUCCCGCUUGGUGAUGCCUGGUCCUGUGAAGCCCUGCCCGCGGGAUCAAACUCGUGGGAAUCUAUCCUGCCGUUCCACAACCUGACACAGUGGCUUGCGUAUUCGCUCAUGCAGCCUAUGCAAUCCCUGCUAAAUAUGCACUUUGCCGGCACAGAGCUGCUGACGGGCUUGCCAGAGUACCGCAACGGUGGCCUCUUUGUCGACUUGGGUGUCCUGACUCUCAGGGAGGAAGACAUGGCUCGCGGGCUGGCUAAUUACGGCGCGUAUUGCAAACAGUCUGGAAUCAAGGCCAUUGAAGUCGCGCCCAUGUUUGAGGCCUCGGACGAUGUCAUUGUCGAAUGGCGAGGGCUGACAGUCGCUCUGCUCGACAAGCUCUUGGAAGAUGUCAAUGUGGCACUGGAGGCGGAGCUGGAUGGCCAUGAGAUGACCCUGGCACAGCUGUUGGAAGCUGGCAGCUGGAAGGGAGGUCGUGAGAUUGCUGAGAUCAACAGGCCAAACACCAAAGAGGCGCCGAUCCUGAUCGACAGUGACGGAACCGUGGUUUAA